CCGAACACUGCAAAAACACCAGGCAAUGUCAAACAAAACCCAGGUUGUCCGACAAAACACACUUCGAAAAAAUUAUUAAAAUAAAAAAAAUCGAUUAAAAUCUCCGCAGUUAUUUAAUAAUCGUAAAAAUGAGGAUUAACACAACGGUUUGGCACUAGUUUGUUGUUGUGGAUUAGACCAACUGACAGAAAAAAGGAGAUAUAACGUAACAAACCGCCGCAUGCUAACGGUUAUAACGGUUAUAAACGUUAGCUUGACUGUUUUAAUUCAACUCCGGACCGACCGCGCUUCGUAUUAAAAUCAUAUUCCUGUCAGCUAUUUCACAGAAGUAGUCAACAACAACACUAACGUUAGCUCUACGGCGGCGGAGUCCCCAUUUGUUUGUGUUCAAAUAUGAGCCGACAUGUUUGAAUGUGCGAGCGACCGCUAAACAACUGCGACCAAAUGGUGUUUUUAUUAGCAUUUAGUAGCAGUUAAGAGGAUAUGUGUCUGUCUAAUGUUUGCCAUUUGGGUAAAUGCAAUCGGCAGAUUCCAUACAAAAAUGAUUAAGAGGAUUUAGCAACACAAACCUGUUCCCUAAGCCUGUUUCACUCGAAUUUGUGUACGUGAACGUUGCUUUUCGUUUAAAAACGUUUAACUUUAAUUUAAGGCAGUAGCGUCGUUAAAUGGCCAGCAGAGAGAGAAAUAAGUUUGAAACGAAAGUGCGGCUAGCAUCGGAGGUGGGCAAGCCUAGCGGUGUAUUGUGGGAGAGACAGGAGCUACAGACCAGAGGCACACAAUAUGUGUUGGCUCUCGCCGAAAAGGAGGCAGUAUUCUUCAAGCUAAAUCAUGUAAUGUAAGCGGCGAAAGGAAAGCGAUUCCGUCUUUUCGUCAAUUAAAGGAAAAAAAAUCACUCGAUCGGAUGAACCAUGUCCAAGCCAGGGGAGAGGAACAGAUUGAACGAAGACCAUGGCAGAAAGCAGAGUUCAAGUUUGGCGAACGGCAUGGACAGUCAUCCCGGCUGCGGCUCGGCGGAGAAGCGGAGUCACCACUGGAGAAGUUACAAGUUGAUCAUCGACCCGGCGCUGAGGAAGGGGUCGCACAAACUGUACCGCUACGAUGGACAGACUUUCAGCAUGCCUAACCCCGGGAUGCCACCGGUGGACAUGCUCCGGGACCCGAGGAUCGGCCGUCUCUGGACUAAGUACAAAGAGACGGACCUGCCGGUGCCCAAAUUUAAGAUCGAUGAGUGUUAUAUCGGCCCCGUGCCUCCAAAGGAGGUGACAUUCGCCAGGCUGAACGACAACAUCAGGGAAGGAUUUCUUACCGACAUGUGCAAGAAAUAUGGAGAAAUCGAGGAGGUGGAGAUCCUUUAUAAUCCGAAGAACAAGAAGCACCUGGGAAUUGCCAAGGUUGUUUUUGAGACCGUAAAAGCCGCCAAGGUGGCCGUACAGUCGCUCCACAACACGUCUGUUAUGGGAAACAUCAUCCACGUGGAGCUGGACCCGAAAGGUGAGAAUCGCCUCCGAUACUUCCAGCUCCUGAUGAAUGGCAGCUACACUCCACGGACUCUGCCUGUUGGUGGAGAGGAAGCCAGAGAAGUUUCUCCUCGUAGCCUGGCAGAAGCCUUACUGGCCUGUGAGCCCAUCCGCAGGUUGUCGGAGAGCAGCGUGUCUGCUGUUGGAGGGACAUUGCCGCCCAGCAGCUCCACCACUCCACUGUCCUUGGAGACGGGUUACUCCAGCCUAAGGCAGGACACACCCCAGUCCCAGGGAACCCCACAUACCCCGCGCCAGACAGGUACGCCCUUCUCUCAAGACUCCAACUACUCCAGUCGGCAGUCCACGCCUGCGUACCAGUCCAGCCGGCCCGAGAGCUCCGGAGGUUACAAAUCCCGGAGACACGAGAGUAAGUUCCAGGAUGCGUACAAUCGCAGACCGGAGAGGCCUCAGUACCGCAGCAACAUGUAUCGAAGUACGACGUCUGAGCAAGCUCCCUUCAAACAGCACCAACUCACCCCACCUGAGCCUCCACCUUCCACCCCUUCCUUCACCUACACAGCACCUCCCCCUGCUACACCUAACUUCAAGUCCGCCUUCUCGCCCUACCAGGCUCCUUUGCCCCCCGCUUUCCCCCCAUCAGAGCCAGCUUUCAAUCACCCAGCCCAAAGGGAGGGUGAGUACCUCCGACCCCCGCAGCCGCCUCUGGCAGCUGCCACGGACUUUUUGCCCGUCAAGGAGCGACCGGAAACUCCUCCGAUCCCCGAGCCCCCACCGGAGCCCGUGCCCCAUCCAACCACCCCUCCUCCUCAAACGCCAGAGCACUGCCCAUCACCUGGCUCCCCCACGCUGGAUCCAGAGCGCAAUAGCCUGGAUUCUCGCAUUGAGAUGCUCCUCAAGGAGAAAAGGACAAAACUGCCUUUCUUGGCGGAGCGAGACUCGGACACUGAGGUGCGAAUGGAGGGGAGUCCCAUCUCCUCCUCGUCCUCUCAGCUAUCCCCAAUUCCCCCUUACACGUCUGGCUCUCAAGGCGGCCAGCAAAAUUCCCGUCCCUCUAGCACAGGCUUGGAGGAUAUCAGUCCGACCCCACUGCCAGACUCGGAAGAUGAAGAGCCGAUUCCCGGAACUGCCUCCCUGAUCAAGAGAAUCAGAUCUCCGGUCCACGAGAAGAUGGGCAACAGUGACCUCAAAGACGGACAUUAUCGAGGCCACACUCCCACUGAUAAAAUGGAGACAGCUCAUCAGUCGUCAGGAGAAGACAUGGAAAUCUCCGACGAUGAGAUGCCCGGGACUCCGAUCACCAGCGGGGACUGCGGCAAAGGCAUCGUUGUAAACUCUGCGGUGUCCCCGAUGCAGACCAUUCCCAUGCCUCCUCCCGGCUUCCCCCCUCUACCGCACCAGGCCAGCUUCUCCAUCCCACAUCACCACCUGCCCCCUCACUCUGCCGUCCCAGGACAUCCUGCUCACCUGGCCGGCCAUCCUGGAGUGCCUCACCACAUGCUGCCACCCAUGGGUCCUUACCCUCCUAGCAUGAUGCCGCUGGUGCAAAUGGAGCUGAUGAACUGCUUGCGGUGGGAACAGUGGAGCACGGUUCCCAUGUCCUUCCAGAUGCAGCAGCAGAUGCUGAGUCGCAUGGCACAGACCAGAGGGCCCUAUCCUUAUCCGCAUUUCGUGGAUAGUGGUGCAUCUGGGCCAUUUGCAGGACCCUACGCACCUCUGUCUAUGGGUGCUACACCUGCUGGUGGUGCAGGGGCGCCCGGGCAGCAGUGGCAACAUCCCAGUGUGCCGAAGUUUAACCCUACUGUUCCUCCUCCUGGAUAUGAGACCAAAAAGGAGGAUCCCCACAAGGCCACUGUUGACGGAGUGCUGCUGGUCAUUGUCAAAGAGCUGAAGGCCAUCAUGAAGAGGGACCUCAACCGGAAAAUGGUGGAGGUGGUGGCUUUUAGAGCCUUUGAUGACUGGUGGGAUAAAAAGGAACGCUCAGCAAAGGCGUCUUUGACUCCGGUGAAGGGUGCGGAGGGGAAGGAGGAGGAAAGACCCAAACCCAAAGAGACGAUGGGUUCAAGUCUGCUGGAGAACUGGAACAAGGGCGAGGGACUGGGCUACGAGGCAAUGGGCCUGGGAAUCAGUUUGAGAGGAGCCAUCCGAUUGCCCUCCUUCAAGGUGAAGAGGAAGGACCCACCUGAGGCCGCAGCCGCAGGGGACAACAAACGAGCCCGGCCCUCCACUCCAGUGGAUGACGAGCUGGAGGAUGAAGACCGGGACCGAGACCCAGCUGAGCUCCCCUCGGACGACUCCAAAAUGGACGGCGACGGUGCAUCAGCAAAGCGUAGACACUCACGGCCACUUGAGCUGGACAGCGAAGGAGAGGAGGAGGUGGACACGUCGGGGAAGGAGGAAGAGUCGCUCACCGACAGGGAGGAGGAACCUGAUGAAACGGCAGCUGCGGACGGGAUGUCGACAGGAAAAAGCGACGAUGAGGAGGGUGAUGAUGAAGAUGAGGGAGACUCAUCCAGUGAGAGUGCGUCCUCAGAUUCGUCUGAUGAAGAAGGCGAGAGCUCAGACUCCUCCAAGGCCAGCUCCGACUCCUCGGCGGAAAGCGACGACUCCUCGGAGUACGAGUUAAGCACGGAAGAGGAGGACGAAGAGGGGGCAGCGAGAGUAGACAUGGAGGAUGAUGGCAAAGUGGCCAAGACUUCCUCAUCCUCUUCGUCCUCCACAUCAUCAUCUUCCGAUGAAGAGGACGGGGAGGCUGAUACCAGGCCACCAAGCCCGCCUGCAGGCCCGGUUCCAGAGGAUAAAGAGGACCACAGGAGCAGAGAGGAGCUGAGCAGCAAGCACAGACGCAGACCUCCGAGCCCUGAGGAAGCGGAGAUGGAGGACCUGAAACCGCCAUCGCCUAAAGGCAUCCCAGUCAUAGAGCGAGACAUCAGCGUUGAUGGCAACAUUCCUGUAGUGAAGUCCGAACCUCUGGAGCAUGUAGCGAACCUUCGGCCACCCACUCCAACGGGCGCCCUGCCUGACAGUGACCAGGAGACAAAAACCAAAGGUAAAGCCGAGCCUGAGGAAGUAGCCUGCACCCCUGCCCGAUUAGCCCCACCCCACAUAGAUUCAAACACACCUGUCCCCAAAUCCGCCUCUGCAUCUGUAAUGCACCUCCCUCUCCCGCCUCAACUGGCAGUAGAAGGUCGCUCCCUCCUUCAUCCACCCCCAGGUCCUCUACCUGACCUCCCUCAGCGACCCCGACUCCCCACAGAUGAGGAUAUCCCUCGCACGCCGGGCAGGGACCUGAUGGAGCGCGCCCGGAGUCUGGGCAAGUCCCAGAGUACGGACACGGUGCCCAUCACACCCGGCAGCGAUGCCCCGCUGACGGGCAGCAGCCUGUUGCUUAGCUCCCCUCACAUCCCUGGUAGUCCAUUUUCCUACCCUGCACAAUCUCCUGUCCUUAGUGCGGGUGUCCCCCGCACUCCAGGUAGAGACUUAACAUUCACCCCUGUCUUCCCCGACCCCACAGCACUGCCUCUUCACAGGAAAAUAUCCUCCGAGAGCCUGGACGACAGACCACUUUUUAAGGAGCCGCCCAUCAGCGCCUUGCCAAACCAGGCCCUGUCAUCCGGCACAGAGCUUUCAGCCAGUGUCCCCGAAGACCUGCCCGCUGGCCUCACUGUGGACGUCCCUGUGCCGUCUGACACUGCCCCAUCAAAGAGGAAACCCGGACGACCCAAAGGCAAAAAGACUCUGGCUGUCUCAGCAGCUGAUGAGUCUUUGGAUCUCUCAUCUGAGCCCUCCACUCUGCCUGAUGACGCACACCAUCUAUCCAUGCAAAUGAAGUCCCCCGACCACCCGAGCCUGGACUUCCGGGAAAGAGAGGUGGAGCCUCAGACAAUCCUGCCCACCUCAGAUGGCUUCCUGUCCUAUGAGGAUGAGGCACCUGUGGCCGUAAAGCCUGCUCGGAGGGCACGGCGAGGCUGGGAGGAGCUGCUGCUGGACAGCCUGUCCCCCGUCCCCACGCCUCACCGGCCCUACUUCACCCCACGCUCCGAGUUCGAGGAGAUGACCAUCCUUUAUGACAUCUGGGACGAAGGCAUAGAUGAUGAGGACAUUCGGCUUCUGCAGAUCACUUACGACAAGAUGCUUCAGCAGGAUAACGGCAACGACUGGCUCAACGACACGCUCUGGGUCAACCAUCCUUCUACCAACAACCCGAGAGUGAAGAAAAAGAGGAGAGACGACGGCAUGAGGGAUCACAUGACUGGCUGUGCCAGAAGCGAGGGAUACUACAAGAUCGACAAGAAGGACAAGAUCAAGUACCUUCAGAGCACACGGCUGCAGUCGGAGGAGCCGCCUGUCGACACACAGGGUAUGAGUAUUCCUGCACAGGUCCACGCCUCUACCAGAGCGGGCUCGGAGCGGCGGUCGGAGCAGAGGCGUUUGCUGUCCUCUUUCGCAUGUGACAGCGACCUGUUGAAGUUCAACCAGCUGAAGUUCCGUAAGAAGAAGAUCAGGUUCUGCAAGUCGCACAUCCACGACUGGGGUCUGUUUGCUAUGGAGCCCAUUGCUGCUGAUGAAAUGGUCAUCGAGUACGUGGGACAGAACAUCAGACAGGUGAUUGCGGACAUGCGGGAGAAACGCUACGAAGAGGAAGGUAUCGGCAGCAGCUACAUGUUCCGCGUUGACCACGACACCAUCAUAGACGCCACGAAGUGUGGCAACUUCGCCCGUUUCAUCAACCACAGCUGCAAUCCCAACUGUUAUGCAAAGGUCAUCACAGUGGAGUCUCAGAAGAAGAUCGUGAUCUACUCCAGGCAGCCCAUUAACGUCAACGAGGAGAUCACGUACGACUACAAGUUCCCGAUAGAGGACGAGAAGAUCCCCUGUUUGUGUGGGGCGGAGAACUGUAGGGGAACGCUCAAUUAACGUCGGCAUCCGGUCAAGGUCAGAAGAAACUCCUCCGGGGGUGUAAAAGCCCCCCGAAAGCCCUAAACUUUAUUCGAGUUUCCCAGACAUGCACACGUUGAGACUCCCCAAUGAUGAGGAGGAAGGCGUUACAUUUGGGAGCGAGGAGAGGAAGAGUUCAGCCACCUUCACUGCACUCUUCGCAUAUUUAACUCUAGAUUGUUUACGAUUUAUGGUGCUCUUGAAAUGAAAAAAAAAAAAAAGCAUAGUUUUUUAUGUCUGCCAGUGACCCAGAAUUUACAAAACACUUGACUCGCUGGUGCAGCGUUACCUCCCCUCCUCUCCCCCGUUGGACAGUAUUUCAGCAUGGUUCCUCCCAACACCCGGUCCUGGUUUGUACAGUUUUUUUUUUUUUUUUUCCUUUCUCAUUUGUCUCAUAAGCUUUACGUAAACCACACGUGGUACAAAAAACAAAAAAACACACAACACAAACUCACAUGUUCAGCUGCUUACUAACACUGUUGAGACGCACAAGAUCACCAGGGAAAACGCCUCUCUGCGGGAGACUUUUUUCCAUCCAGCAGACGGGGAGGACGGCGGAGCGUCGCGGCCCGCCACGGACCGAAAAAAAACAAACAAAAAACCCCGCUUUCUCGCUCCUACCUCCUCCUGCACCUUGGAAGUAAAUCAAACUGAUUUAAAAAGAAAAAAA